AUAGAAAGCCAUAAAACCCUAACUCCAAAAACCCUCGUCUCCGUCUGAGCUGCUUGUUUUACUCUGUUCUCCAUCUUCCUAACCUAAACAAAGAUGGUUCGAAGCCUCAAAAACCCUAAAAAAGUUAAACGCAAGAACAAGGGUGGGAACAAAGGAGAAGGAUCAUCGUCAUCGAAUUUGAUACCUUCACCGCCGGCGAAGGUGUGGCAACCUGGAGUAGACAAGUUAGAGGAAGGAGAAGAGCUUCAGUGCGAUCCUUCUGCAUACAACUCACUCCAUGCCUUCCACAUUGGCUGGCCUUGCUUAAGCUUUGAUAUUCUACGCGACUCUCUAGGGUUGGUGCGGACAGAAUUUCCACAUUCUGUGUAUUGUGUGGCAGGGACACAGGCUGAGAAAAGCUCCUGGAAUUCUAUUGGAGUAUUUAAGAUAACUAAUAUAUCUGGAAAGAGGCGUGAGUUAGUACCAAAGACAAACAAUGAUGAAGAUACUGAUAUGGAAAGCGAUAGUAGUGAUAGUGAUGAUGAAGAAGAUGAAGUUGGUGGAUCUGGAGCACCUGUUUUACAGAUUCGUAAGGUGUUUCAUGAAGGGUGUGUUAACCGCAUACGUACCAUGACCCAGAACCCACAUAUAUGUGCUUCAUGGUCAGGUGGUGGGCAUGUUCAGAUUUGGGAUUUCAGCUCCCAUUUAAAUGCUUUAGCAGAAUCACAAGGUGAUGUUAGCCAUGGGGCUUCGGCAGUUUCUAAUCAAUCACCUCUAGUCAAAUUUGGUGGACAUAAGGACGAAGGGUAUGCUAUCGACUGGAGUCCUCUUGUUCCUGGAAGGCUUGUAUCAGGGGAUUGCAAGAAUGCUAUUCAUCUAUGGGAGCCAGCAUCGGAGACAACUUGGAAUGUUGAUUCUAAACCUUUUGUUGGACACAUUGCAAGUGUUGAAGACCUACAGUGGAGCCCCACAGAACCUUCUGUAUUUGCAUCUUGCUCUGUGGAUAAAAAUAUUGCAAUAUGGGAUAUACGCAUUGGAAAAUCUCCUGCAGCAUCAAUAAAAGCACACAAUGCUGAUGUGAAUGUUAUAUCCUGGAACAGGUUGGCAAGUUGUAUGCUGGCAUCUGGAAGUGAUGAUGGCACAUUUUCAAUUCGAGAUCUUAGAUUACUCAAGGAAGGAGAUGCUGUAGUUGCCCACUUUGAGUACCAUAAACACCCCAUAACAUCUAUUGAAUGGAGUCCACAUGAAGCAUCAACACUGGCAGUUACGUCAUCAGACAAUCAACUCACAAUAUGGGACCUUUCUUUAGAAAGAGAUGAGGAAGAGGAAGCAGAGUUCAAAGCAAAAACCAAGGAGCAAGUGAAUGCCCCUACUGAUUUGCCACCACAACUCCUCUUUGUUCAUCAGGGUCAGAAAGACUUGAAGGAACUUCACUGGAAUUCCCAGAUUCCAGGAAUGAUUAUAUCCACUGCUGCAGAUGGUUUCAACAUCCUAAUGCCAUCAAACAUGGAAAACAUGCUUCCUCCUGCUAAUGAAGCUUAAAAACUUAAUAUACAUGUUUUUCUUGUAGAGCAAACCUUGUGUUCUUCAUUAACAUUUUUGUGUUUGUGUAAGAGUUAACUUAUUUGUCAUUUUUUACAUGGGUUUAUUCAAGGGUUGCCAAUUUUCUCCAUCUGCUUCCCAUAUCCUAUAUAUGUAAAAACAUUCUUUACUCUUCCAAGUUCCAACUUUUGCC